GAAACCGAGUAAUUUAUUUUCUCGUUUUGGCAGAUCAUUUGGUGUUCGGUGUGCGUACCCAGAGGACAUACAGGACGGUAAUAAUGUCAUCGACAACGUCGGAUUCCACGAAGGCGGCCAUCCUAAAGCUGCUCGACGAACGGCAGCGCCCUCUCUCGCUGUCCGACAUAUCGAGAAGGUCAAGGAACUGGGAAAGUCGUCCAUUCAAAAAGCGUUGGACAGUUUUGGUGCGCCGCGGAAAGAUUAUCGAGAAGGUGUACGGUAAACAGAAGAUCUACUGCAUUGCCCAGGAGGACGAGGGACCGGAGCACGCCGAGCUUGGGCGCAAACUGGACAUGGAUUGUGCUCGCCUGCGCGAAGAACUGACCCAGCGCCAGCAGCAGAUCCGUUCGCUGGAAGCCUCACUCGUCACGCUAUCCUCGCAGAUGACUGUUGGAGAGGCUCGCGAGGAGAUUGAGAAGUUGGAGGACGAAAUCCAGCGUAUGGAGAAGGAACUGGGGGAAGCGCAGGGUCAGGCUUCGAGCUCCCACGAGGCGACAACCGAAGGAGGACAGCUGGACAAGGAUACGCUGGAGAAAAAGUACAAUCUGUACAUGGCGGCGUAUCGCAAGCGCAAGCGGAUCUGUACCGAAAUGAUCGAACACAUCAUGGAGGGGUACCCGAAGAGCAAAUCUCAGUUGCUGGAGGAUAUCGGGGUUGAGACGGACGAGGCGGUUGGAUUUAAGUUGAAGGAGAAUUGAAUAAUGUCGCUAAUCUGAUAAUACAUAAUUGAAACAUAACGACGAAAUCUGAGAAAAGAAGGAAUGGGUGGUAUGAAUGGAAAGCGGUGAACUUUACUACUUGUAACAGAUGCGAAUUUCCUCAUGCAAAAAAAAAGAUUCAAGUCGUUGAACUCAAGAGCUGUUUCUUAAAUAUUAUAACGAUUUAUUCAUUAUAGUUUUAUUCAUACCACCCAAUGUGUUCUUAUUAGCAAUUCACCCAUUUCAAAAACAACAUUACUCUCUGAUGGUGCGCGUUAUUAUGACAUCCUCAUAUUAAUAGACAACAGCUGACGCACAAAUGCCAUUGACGCAAUACGAUUUAUGAAGCAUUAUCUUGAUGUUGUAUGUAUUACCCAUAAAUGUCCAUCCGACGCAGUUAAUGUCGUCCCUAAGG